AGUAGCACCUCGUUGCUUCCGCAUUUAGUUGGAGUUAAGUUAUUACACCUGCAUACUCAAAUAAGCCUUUCUUUCCUUUGAUUUUCAGCUUUUACUUUCGAACCUAGUAGAGCUGCAAACAUGGGCGAGAACCACCGUGUAUUUAUCGAUAACCCUUCUCUGAACGACUCACAAUGUUUCGAUGAUGAUGGCCGCCUCAAACGAACCGGAACUUUCUGGACGGCCAGUGCACACAUAAUAACGGCGGUGAUUGGAUCGGGGGUUCUUUCGUUAGCAUGGGCAAUUGCUCAACUGGGUUGGAUUGCAGGUCCAGCUGUAAUGUUGUUGUUUUCCAUUAUCACUUUUUACACUUCUUGUCUGCUCACCGAUUGUUAUCGGACCGGUGAUCCUGUUUCUGGCAAGCGUAACUAUACUUAUACACAGGCGGUUGGCUCUCUUUUGGGUGGAUACAAAGUGAAGGUCUGUGGGUUUAUUCAGUAUGUCAAUCUUUUUGGUGUUUCCAUUGGGUACACAAUUGCAGCUUCAAUAAGCAUGAUGGCAAUAAAAAGGUCAAAUUGUUUCCACAAUAGUGGGGGGAAGAACCCAUGUCACAUGUCCAGCAGUCCAUACAUGAUGAUGUUCGGAGUCGCUGAGAUCUUACUUUCACAAAUCCCAGAUUUUGAUCAAAUAUGGUGGCUCUCAAUUCUAGCUGCUGUCAUGUCCUUUACCUAUUCCGGCAUUGGUCUUGCCCUUGGAAUUGCUAAAGUUAUAGGUAUUGGAACUUUUAGGGGUAGUCUUACUGGAAUAAGCCUUGGAACAGUUACUCCAGCUCAAAAGAUAUGGAGGAGCUUCCGAGCUCUUGGUGACAUUGCUUUUGCAUACUCGUUUUCAAUGAUUCUCAUUGAAAUUCAGGACACAGUGAAAUCCCCACCAGCAGAAGCAAAGACAAUGAAGAAGGCCACUAAACUUAGCAUUGCAAUAACAACAGCAUUCUACAUGUUAUGUGGGUGCAUGGGCUAUGCCUCCUUUGGUGACUUUGCACCUGACAAUCUCCUUACUGGUUUUGGCUUCUAUAACCCAUUUUGGCUUCUUGAUAUUGCUAAUGCUGCUAUAGUCAUCCACCUUGUGGGAGCAUAUCAAGUGUUUUGCCAGCCGAUUUUCACCUUCGUCGAAAAAUGGGCAUCACAAAGAUGGCCCGAAAGCAAGACCAUCACCAAAGAGUUGAAGAUCCCAAUGCCAAUCCGGGGUUUUCGUCCUUACAAACUUAACCUGUUUAGAUUGGUUUGGAGAACAGCGUUUGUGAUGCUAACCACUGUGAUAUCUAUGUUGCUUCCAUUCUUCGGCGAUGUUGUGGGGAUUCUAGGGGCAUUUGGAUUUUGGCCUUUAACAGUUUAUUUUCCAGUGGAGAUGUACAUUGAACAGAAGAAGAUAUCUAAGUGGAGUAGCAGAUGGAUUUGUUUGAAGAUGCUAAGCAUGGGUUGCUUGAUGAUUUCUAUUCUAGCCGGCACAGGUUCAAUAGCUGGUGUGAUUCUUGACCUUAAAGUUUAUAAGCCAUUCAAGACUACCUACUGAUCGUUGCUUUUCCGGCUCGGUGGUUCAGCGGUUAGUUACUGAUGGCAGAUAAAUUCAGCAAUGUAUUUGGAUUUCAGUUCACAAUAUGGUAAUACAAUACGAUACAUUAUUUAGGUAAUACACCAAAAUAUUUCGAUGAUAAAUGAGUGAAGUGGAACAAUUCACAGAA